AUGUCAACCAAAACCCAGCAAAAUGUUGAGCACCAGGCAGUAAUUCGCGGAGCGAGCGUUGGCGGGAGUGAAGGAGAGCGCAACCAGGUGAGGGAUGAGCGGAGCAGGUGGGGGAUAGGCGGAGCAGGUGGGGAGAGGCGGAGCAGGUGGGGGACAGACGGAGCAGGUGAGGGACAGGCGGAGCAGGUGGGGGAUCGGCGGAGCAGGUGGGGGGCGGAGCAGGUGGGGGGCGGAGCAGUUGGGGGAGAGGCGGAGCAGGUGGGGGAGAGAGGGCUGGGGGAUGCAGUCACGAGAGCGCCUUGUACCCCCUCCCGCAUUGCCUCAUUCCUUGUGACCCAUUAUCACCCACCAUCACCCAUCACUACCCAUGAUUACCCCCCCCGCCCACCAGUCAAGCCCCAACCUGCUGGACGUGUCGUGGGAGAGAGAGUGAAGGGGCUUUUGAGAAUUCUCAAAAGUAGCAUCAACAUGGCUGGGGAGAGCGGCCACGAGAGGUCUUUUGAGGCGCCUCAAAAGCCAAACCUGCUGGACGUGUUGAGGGAGAGGGGCCUGGCCGAUGCAGUCACGAGCGAGGCAUUCCGGGAAGCGGCAGAGCACCCUUUGAAGAUCUACGUCGGCUUCGACCCCACCGCUGAAUCACUCCACCUCGGAAAUCUCCUCGGCAUCAUCGCCCUGGCAUGGGCGCAGCGGUGUGGGCACACAGCAGUGGCGCUGCUGGGGGGGGCUACAGCGCGGGUGGGGGACCCCUCGGGGAAGAGUGUGGAGCGGCCAGUGAUGGAUGAGGAGACGAUUGCGAGGAACAGCAGCGGUAUCUACAAGGUUCUUCAAGACAUUCUCUCACGACCGGAGAACCAAGGAAGCGUUCCCGGUGGAAAGCUAGAGCUGGUGAACAACUACGAGUGGUGGAAAGGUGUUUCGCUGCUGGAGUUCCUGAGGGACGUGGGCAAGCACGCGCGGGUGGGGGCGAUGAUGGGCAAGGAGAGUGUGAAGAAGAGACUGGCGUCAGAGGAGGGGAUCAGUUACACGGAGUUCACAUACCAGCUGCUGCAGGGCUACGACUUUGUUCACCUCUACAAGGAAAAAGGCAUCACGGUCCAAAUGGGGGGUAGUGACCAGUGGGGCAACAUCACUGCUGGCACCGACCUGCUGCGACGGCUGCAGGCAGCAGGCGUUGUUCCCUCCAGAGCGCCCACAGGGGGAGAGGGGCAGCACGCGGAGCAGCAGCAGGCACAUGAGGAGCAAAAAGGGCAGCAGGAGGAGGGGAAACAAGCGCAGGAGCAGCAGGAGCAGGGGGAGAGGGGUCCGAGUGUGUUUGGGCUCACGUGGCCCCUGCUGCUGCGCAGCGAUGGGAGCAAGUUCGGCAAGUCGGAGGGCGGGGCCAUCUGGCUGUCUGCUGCCAUGCUCUCGCCCUACAAGUUCUACCAGUACCUCUUUGCCACACCUGAUGCUGACGUCAUCAAGUUCCUGCGAAUGCUCACCUUCCUGCCCGUGGCGGAGAUCGACCAAUGGGAGGCCGCCAUGUGUCAGCCGGGCUACGAGCCCAACGCCGCCCAGAAACUACUGGCGCAGGAGGUGACUCGUUUUGUGCAUGGGCAGGAGGGCCUACAAGAAGCGCUAAGAGCCACGCAAGCCCUUGCACCAGGUUCCACCUCCACCAGACUAGACCCGGCCACUCUCGAAGCAAUCGCUGCUGAUGCACCCUCCACCUCGCUCCCAUGGGCCGACGUGAUUGGCCGAACCGUUGCUGACGUGGCAGCGGCAUCGAAGCUAGUGGGUAGCAAGGGGGCGGCGAGGCGGCUUGUGCAGCAGGGAGGGAUGUAUCUAAACAAUGAGAAGGUGGGGGAGGGGGAGAGGGUGGUGGGGGAGGAGGAUUUGGUGGGGGGAAACAUGCUGCUGCUGGGAUCGGGGAAAAAGAACAAGCUGAUUGUGAGAGUGGAGCGGUGA